CCCUGGUGCUCCACUCGUACUCGAUGCGCUACCUGCUCCCGGGGGUCGUGCUGCUGGGCUCGGCUCCCACCUACGUACUGGCCUGGGGGAUCUGGCGGCUGCUGUCCGCCUUGCUGCCCGCUCGCAUCUACCAGAUGAUGGACGACCGGCUGUACUGUGUAUACCAGAGCAUGGUGCUCUUCUUCUUCGAGAACUACACCGGGGUGCAGAUAUUGCUAUAUGGAGAUUUGCCAAAACAUAAAGAAAAUAUAAUAUAUUUAGCAAAUCAUCAAAGCACAGUUGACUGGAUUGUUGCUGACAUCUUGGCCGUCAGGCAGAAUGCCCUCGGACAUGUGCGCUAUGUGCUGAAGGAUGGGCUGAAGUGGCUUCCGCUGUAUGGCUGUUACUUUGCUCGGCAUGGAGGAAUCUACGUAAAGCGAAGUGCCAAAUUUAAUGAAAAAGACAUGAGAAGCAAGCUGCAGAGCUACGUGAACGCAGGGACGCCAAUCUGAACACUCUUCAUUAUGAAGAUAUGCAGCACAAUCUAUUAAUUUCUGAGUUAGACAAAGAUAGUGGGUUCUGAGUAUUCUUAUUUUUGUAUAGUAGCUGAAAAUACAAAAUUGCAAAUGAAGUAUUAUGUAUUGUACUAGUUUUCAGAUGAUACUUUGCAUGAGUUUACUUAUAAAUCUGUCCUGUGAGCAACUUCAGAUUCUCAUAGAGGUUCACUGAAGAGGAGUUUUGUAAUCAUAGGUUAUUCAGAUAAUGCUUCUUUAUAGGUAGACAAUAUUGCCUGAGGUCUUUUAAGCAUGAAUGAAUUGAACUGAACUCUUUCGGGUCCUGUUGUUUUCUAUAUUCUGUCUAUUUGAAAAGAUGAGUGUUUUACAUCUUUUGGCUACCAAUUCAAAAUAGUAGUGUAGUUUUUGCAACUCAUUUCUCAGGUUAGAAGUUUUUAACUAUCCGAUGUUAAUGUUUUUGUUUUUGCUCUCCAGAGCAAUUAGGCAUAAAAACUUAGACUGAUUAAUUACAUAGUUAAUAUCUUGCUUGAUGGUGCCUUAUUUGUAAAGUACGGUUUUAUCUCAAUGUGAUAAAUAUGAAGCUGCUUAAGCAUUGAGUAACUUAAAAUGCAUAAGGGUGCUCUGUAAAAUAGGAAGGAAUAUUGCAUGAAGCUUUUGAAAUGUACACAUUACCUUCUGUAUUGUGGGAAUUUGAGUAUUUGUAUGUAAUGUUCCUCAAGCGAGAGGCACAUUUAGUCCUGAUACUUAAAGACAUUGAUUUGUAUUUAUUGCACUUUUUUGCACUGUCAUGUUGAAGGGAAUGAGAGUAAAAUGCAAAUGCAGAAAUAAUACUGAAUCCCAUUAUUGUGUGCAGUUAAUAUGUGUUAAUAAAAAAAGUAAUGCUGAAAUAAAAUGUCAUGUUAUAGAUGCUGUGUCAUGAAUUAAAAGUCAGCACUUUGUUGUCAAAUUUUUAAUUAGUGACAUUAUUAGAAUGAUUUUUAUAUUCUUAAUGGCUGACCUGCUGUGAAUGGAGGACUGCAUUUUAAAUAUACUCCAUGUUGUGUUUAGACUUAACUGACUGUUUUACAUUUUGGUUGCUCUGCUUGAGUUAAAGGUCACACAUAACUGAAUAUAUACUCUUCCCACUAUAGAAACAGUGUCUUGGCACUAAUAGAGUUAGCACUGCUAAGUCUACAGUGCACAUGCAAAGAGCCUAAGUGUACUUUCUGCCCCACAGAUGUACCUUGUGAUUUUUCCAGAGGGAACAAGGUACAAUCCAGGACACACGAAACUGCUUUCAGCUAGUCAGGCUUUUGCUGCCCAGCAGGGUAAGUAAAAAUUUGACUGUGCUCAAAAAAUAAUUUUGACAGUAAUGAUCUUCUUAGUCUUAUGUUUUGCAAUUGAAUGAUGUUUAUGUCUUAGGAAAUGAAGUUUCUUUUUAAUUCAUUUGCAUGUUAUUACAUUUAUCUGAGAGAUUAAAUUCACAUACUUGCUGUAGUACAUGUUCCCGUGGUCAUGUACAUGAUUAGGUAGUGUGAGCUCUCUCUACAGUGUGUGUUUAUUAUGUGUGAUGGAAAGACUUUCUCUUCUUCAGACAUACGUUGGUAUUCUACCUAAGUGUUUGGAAUCCAAACACCAACUUUUAUCAGCUAUAUGAUGUCAAGUUGCCUAAUGUUAGCUAACUUUAGUUUCUCAUCUCUUAAAAAUAUGACUGUUCUUGAGCACUCCUACUUUAGUAUAAGAAUUAAAUUAAAAGGUACAUAAAGUUCCACUUGGAAGUCUUUUACAAAGUUUGUUCACAGUCCUUAGAAGCUAGUAAUGUCCCCAACAGUGGGAAUGUUCUUAGUGUCGGUAGUUUUGAAAACUGUAUAACUGAAAAACCAAGAAGCUAUGCAACUUAACCAGAUUGGGAAGCACACAGUAUUGAAAUGCUGUGUUCUCAAAGGUGUCUUUGAGGACUGACUGCUAAUUAGCACGUGUUCUCCAUAUGUGGGCCAGCAGGUGCUUAGUGAGCUCAUGUCCCGUCUCUAUGCCAGGGUCUGUGACAGUGCCGAGAACGUUCUGCAACAAUGGUAAUGACCUGCUUUGUCCAGUAUACCGAUCCUCUCCACAUGUAGUUUCUGAGCAUCCAAAAUGUGACUGGUGCUCUAAGGAAAUGCAUUUUUAUUUUAUUUUAUUUUAGCUUUGUUAACAUUCUAAAUUGAAUUUAACUUUCGUUAAAUGCAUCUGUCAUAGUGCAUUGUGGGAUACAAAAAUGAUAGGUGGAACUCUCACCGGGUACUUGAGAAAGAAGAGGUGUUGUGUGAAUAUGAAAUGUUUUUUAACACAGUAUUCUGUAAAUGUCAGUUUAUUUCACUUCUGAUCACACACCCUUGAUCAAAGAAUGCUUCAGGAAUGGGAGACGUUGCUGCCUUCUCUGUCCAGUGCAGGCACCCUGGCUGUCAUUUCUUUGUAAUACCAUUGUGUUCAAAAACAACCUUCCCCCUCAACUCCCCAUUUUCCUCUUUCACUAACAGUCAAAUUCUGAAUCUGUAGUUGGCCUUUCUUGUACCACUUUUGCGGUUCUUACCCAGGCCUCAGUUCAUGGUGAUCUGAGCUGAUAUUCUUGAUACUCUCUUGUUGAAGUUCUUUCUCUAGACUUCUCUGUUUUCAUCCGACCUCUCUAUUCAUUCUUUUUCAGUCUCCUUUCUAGCCUCUUCUGCUGCUUCAUUCUUUUCUGUUUCAUAUGUUGUUUCCAAUCUCUGACUUUGGUCUUUCAUUUCACUUUCUGUGUUUUGCUUUUUGAUUCUAUGUCUUGCUGUUUGAUUCAACCCACUUUUCUAUGUCUUUUGAUUGAAGAAUUUUGACCAUUAAUGUACAGUGUUAAUACUGAAAGGUAUAUAGUAAUGCCUGCCAUUUUGUCAUUUUUGUAAUAUUCAAUUCAUUUCUGUUCUUCAUUUGUUUAUGUAUUUAUCUAGUGAGAUUUAUUUUUCCCAUAUUUUCUUGGUUCAUUUAUCUCCCUUUGAGUGUCUUCUGCAGCGCUAGUUUAGUUUUUGUUUGUCAUGGAUGUGUUUUAUUUCUCCUUUAGUUGUGAAUGGUAGCUUUGCUGGAUAAAGUAAACUAACUGGCAUUAUUUUCUUUUAGCACCUGAAAUACUUUGUUCCAUACCCUCCUUGCUUUUAAGGUUUCUAUUGAGAAAUCCAUGGUUAUUCUGAUGGGUUAUCCUUUAUAUGCGAGAUGUCACUUCUCUCACAAUUUUCAGUAUUCUUUCCUUGUUUUGCACACAUAAUGUUUUAAUUAUGCUACAUCUUGGAGUAGUUCUUUUCUUCUGGUCUUGUCUGUUGGGUCUUAAAAGCCUCCUGUACCUAAAUGGUUGUCUCUCAAAAUUUGGAAAAUUUUCUUCUUUUAUUUUAUUGAACAUGUUUUUUAUCCCUUUAGUUUGCAUUUUGUCAUCUUCUAUGCCCAUGAGUCAUAAGUUUGGUCUUGUAAUAGUGUUCCAGAGUUCUUGCAUGACCCAUUUUUAGUUCUUUAUUUUUUUGUUUUCCUUUUUCUUCAUCUUGGCUGUUCUGAUACAUCUACCAUAUCAUCCAGCCUUGAUAUUCUGUCUUCAGUUUGAUCCACUCUACUGGAGAGACUUUCCUACUUGAGUUUUUUAAGUGACUCAUUGAGCUUUUCAUUUCCAGAAUUUCAGUUUGAUUCUUUUUCUGGAUUUCUGUGUCCUUAUUGAAUUUCUCUUUUAUAUCCUGCACUGUUUUCCUAAUGUUCAGCUUUUGUUUAUAUUGUUUGAGUUCCUUCAGCUGUUUGU